AUGGACAUAGAUACAAGUAUAAAAUUUGAUGAUUCUAUAUACAGAUCAAAUGCAUAUAAUCGAAAUACAACAGCACCACCACAUAACUCAAAAACAAUUAUUAAAUAUAUUGCACCACGUGUUAUAAAAACUAAUUCUAUAAACAAUGCUCAAGGACUUAAUCGUGGUGUAUGCUGGUCAAAUGUUGCUUCACAAUUUGCAACAGUAAAAAUAACUCAUGGUCUUGCAUCACUUGCUCAAAAUCCAAAAUUUUCAACAAUGCCAUCCAUUCAUAGUAUUGAUGGUGAACGUAUUAUUGAUGAACAACGUGAAUUAUCAAGAGUAACUGAAACACUUAGUAAUACAAUAAUAAAAUUUUGUACUUUACAAGCACAUAAUCGUGUUCAUGAAUUACAAAUAAAUUGGCUUGAAAAACAGCUAAAAGAAAAUAGUAUAAUUGUUGAACGAAUGUUUCAAACAGAAAUGGAAAGUGCAAAAAAAAUAAUACGUGAAACUUUACAACAAAAAUCUGGUUUAGAAAAAAAGUUAAAUGACGCAGAUAAAACAAAACAAGCAAACGAUAGACAAUAUGAACAAAUAUUAGCAAAACGAAAUACUUAUAGUAAAGAUUUAUUUGAUUUAGAACGUCAAAUAGCACAGAAUAUUGCUGAAUCACAAUUUCUUCAACGUCGUGUACGUCAUUUCGAUGAUGAAAAUAAAUUUUAUUUAUCAAAAAAUCAAGUUUUGCAUGAUCGAAAAGUUCGUUUACGCUACGAACUAGACGAAGAAAUAUUUGCUCAACAUUCAUUAAAAAUGGAACUACAAGUAUUAGAAAAUGAAAAAAUAACAAAAGAAGAUAUGCAUAUGGCAUCUCUUGAUGAUCAUAAAAAGUCUAUUGAUUUAACACAGAUAGGAAGUACGCAACCAUGGAAGUAUUAUGCUGAUCACUUAACUGAUGAAGUUCAACGUAUGCGUACUGAAUUUGAACAAAAACUUAAUGUUUAUCGGGAAGAAUUACAUCGAAACUUUGAACUUGAAUUAUAUCGUUUUCAUAUAUAUAAAACCAGCUCAGAAACAUGUUUAACAAGAGAGAAUAUGAUGAAAUUAAAAGAAUAUCAACAUGCAAAAGACGAUAUUACACAACAAAUAGCCUCUAUACAUGGAAGUAUUAGUGAAAUAAUUAUGAAAAUAAAAACAAUAGAAACACAAGUAACAUCUGAAAAACACGAUUAUCAUAUGAGCGCAAAACAACAGUUAGAAAUGCUUAAUCAAUUAAUACAAGAUCGUGAACGACAACUUGAUGAAGCUAUUCGUGAUCGAACAGCAUUUAAACAAAAAAUUGAAUUUUAUAAAGAACGAGUUGAUCGUUAUUCAAGACAAAAAACAAAUAAUUAUCAGUGUCGAUCAGUAAGUGUUCAAGAACUUUGUUCACCAUCCAAAUCAACGAAUUCAUCUAUUCUUAAAUCAACCAAUCGUUGGUCAUGUCAAGACUUAAAAUAUGAAAGCAAUGAACAAAAAUGUCCAUUAACACCACGUUUACCACCAAGUAAUUGUGAAUCAACUUCUCCACAACGUCAAAAAUGUUCAUCAGCUAUUCGAGUUGAUGAAUUACGGAAUGAAGGUACAUUAACAAGAUUUGCUGAUUUCAAUAUUGAACAAGAUUGUGAAGAAUUAUAUAGAUUAUUAAAUGAUUCUAAUGUAGAUGAAAUAGCUGUUAUUCAAAUACUCUGUAAUAGGAGUGUUGAUCAACGUUUGGCUAUUCGGGAUAAAUAUAAACAUCUUUUUAAUCAAAAUCUUAAUCAUGGCCUUGAAAAGAUACAAGAUUAUACUUUAAGUAAACUUUUAAGAGUAUUGUUAUUAUCACCUGUUGAACGUGAUUGUUUGGAAAUAAGAAGAAUAUUAAAGAGACCGACUAUAGAUGAACAUGUUCUUGCAGAAAUAUUCUUUAGUCGUUCAAAUAAACAUAUUCAAACAGUACGAGAUCGUUAUAAAACAUUAUACAAAAAUUCCAUUGAACAAGAUAUUAUUGGUGAUCGAGCUAGUUCUUCAAAAAAAAUAUUUCUUGCAUUAUUAAAAUCUAAUCGUCCAGAAUAUAAUGUUAUUGAUGAUGAUGAACUAUUAAGAGAUGCUCGAGAAUUAUAUGAAGGAGCAACGCAAUGGAAAAUAGAUGCAUCAAUAUUUGUUCGACUUCUAUGUACUCGCAGUAAUGCACAAUUGAAGCAAAUAUUUACAAAUUAUCUACAAUUUGGUAAAACUAAUAUUGAACAAGCUGUACAAGUUUAUACUGAUGGUGAUUUGUACCGUACUCUGAUAGCUAUUGUUCAAAUUAUUCGAAAUCGACCACGCUAUUUUGCUUAUGGAUUGAAGAAAAGUCUUGAAGAUGUAACAAGAAAUGAUGAUAAUGUGAAUCGUAUAAUCGUUACACGUUGUGAGAUUGAUAUGGUUCAAAUAAAAGAUGAAUUUGAAAACAUCACAAAAAAUUCAUUUUAUGAUGCUAUUCAAGCGAGCACAAGUGGGAAUUAUAGACGAGCACUUUUAGAAAUGUUACGCCAUCGUAUUGAAAUAAAUAAUACAAAAUCAAAAUUAGAAUCUGUGAAUCAACAAGCAGCAAUGAUGAACAAUGGAAAUCUAAAAAGAGCAUCGGUACAAUGGAAAGAACCAAUUGACGAAAAUAGUUCAGAUGUAUUCGUUAAAUCUACAUUAGAACGUAGUGGUAGUAAUUAUUCAAUGAAUGGAAGAAGACAUUGUAAUUUUGAUCAAUCAUCGACUAACUAUUUCCAUCGUCCAUUUGAUUAUAAUAAUCAAUCCAAAAGAAAUAGUUUAUCGGCAAUGAAUGUAACACCAUCGAAAUCAUCAUAUCUUAAUCGAUGUUCAUUUACACCAAUGCCAACAACUGUUGAAAAUCAUUCACAAUUAAAUGAUAAUUUAGACUAA